GUGGUUGGUCGGUCACCGGUGCAACAAUGGAGCCGCCGACCAGCCACGUCACCAACGCGUUGUCGGACUCGGACAGCGCCUCCGUGGGAGGCGGGGUCGAGGCGGCGGCGGACGCGGACGUGGAGGCGCUGCGGCGCCUCUCCGACAACCUCGCGGCGGCGUUCCGCUCGCCGGGGGAGUUCGGGUUCCUGGCAGACGCGCGGAUCGCCGUCCCGGGCGCGCCCGGGGGCGGGGAAGUGCGGGUGCACCGGUGCGUGCUCGCCGCGCGGAGCCCCUUCCUGCGCGGCGUCUUCGCGCGCCGCGCCGCGGAGGCGGCGGCGGAGGGCGGCGGCGGCGACAGGCUGGAGCUGCGGGAGAUACUCGGCGGCGAGGACGGGGUGGAGGUCGGGUACGAGGCGCUGCUGCUGGUGCUCGAGUACCUGUACAGCGGCCGCGUCGGCGACCUGCCCAAGGCGGCGUGCCUCUGCGUCGACGAGGAGUGCGCCCACGUCGGGUGCCACCCCGCCGUCGCGUUCAUGGCACAGGUCCUCUUCGCCGCCUCCACCUUCCAGGUCGCCGAGCUCACCAACCUCUUCCAGCGGCGUCUCCUUGAUGUCCUUGAUAAGGUUGAAGUGGAUAACCUUCUAUUGAUCUUAUCUGUUGCAAACUUAUGCAACAAAUCUUGCCCGAAACUGCUUGAGAGAUGCCUUGAUAUGGUAGUCCGAUCAAACCUUGACAUGAUUACUCUUGAGAAAUCAUUGACUCCAGAUGUUAUCAAGCAAAUUAUUGAUGCACGCAUAAGCCUUGGAUUAAUUUCACCUGAAGACAAGGGAUUUCCUAACAAACAUGUAAGGAGGAUACACAGAGCCCUUGAUUCUGAUGAUGUAGAGCUAGUCAGAUUGCUGCUCACAGAAGGACAGACUAAUCUUGAUGAUGCAUUUGCUCUGCACUACGCCGUCGAACAUUGUGACUCCAAAAUUACAACGGAGCUUUUGGAUCUUGCACUUGCAGAUGUUAAUCAUAGAAACCCAAGAGGUUAUACUGUUCUUCACAUUGCUGCCAGGCGAAGAGAACCUAAAAUCAUUGUCUCCCUUUUAACCAAGGGGGCUCGGUCAGCAGAUCUUACAUUUGAUGGAAGAAAGGCAGUUCAAAUCUCAAAAAGACUGACAAAACACGGGGAUUACUUCGGGGUUACCGAAGAAGGAAAACCUUCUCCAAAAGAUAGGCUAUGUAUUGAGAUACUGGAGCAAGCUGAAAGAAGGGACCCACAAGUCGGAGAAGCAUCAGUUUCUCUUGCAAUGGCAGGUGACAGUCUGCGUGUAAGGCUCUUGUAUCUUGAAAACCGAGUUGCUUUGGCUAGGAUAAUGUUUCCAAUGGAGGCAAGAGUAGCAAUGGAUAUUGCUCAAGUGGAUGGAACUUUGGAAUUUAACCUUAGUUCUGGUGAAAAUCCUCUUCCUGAGAGAAAACGGACAGCUGUUGAUCUAAAUGAAUCCCCUUUCAUAAUGAAAGAAGAACACUUAGCUCGGAUGACAGCACUCUCCAAAACAGUGGAGCUUGGGAAACGCUUCUUCCCACGAUGUUCAAAUGUGCUCGACAAAAUCAUGGAUGAUGAAACUGAUCCAGUUUCCCUCGGAAGGGAUACAUCCGCAGAGAAGAAGAGGAGAUUUAAUGACCUGCAGGAUGUGCUUCGGAAGGCAUUCCAUGAGGACAAGGAGGCGUAUGACAGGUCAGCGCUUUCUUCGUCCUCGUCAUCGACAUCAAUUGGGGCCAUUCGACCUAGGAGAUGAACACCUUUGGUCACAUUCUUUGCCAUAUGAUAGCUGAUUGUCCUUCUGGGGCUGCUCACCUGGUGUUUGUCUGCUGU